AUGCCUUUUUCCUUUCUUACAGCCAAUGGUGCGACCGUGCGAUGUGGUGAAAACGUUAUGGCAAUCACUCUCCCUAAAUCGCUUCUCCUCGGCUUAAACCGCGAGCAUCUCACUCUACGCGAUGAAAAUUGUGUUGCCACGGAAACCAGCACACAUUUCACCCUUAAGACUACAUUGACAGGCUGUGGCACGAUCGCCAGAUACAGAGGAAAGGCAACGGUUUAUAGUAACACAGUCAUGGCGAUACCGGUUGCAGGUGACGCGAUCAUAACAAGGGUUCGAGAGAUUAAGAUACCCUUUCGCUGUUACUACAAGAACUCUGGUCAAGCCUUUGCCGUUGGGGUUGAACCUGAUGCCAGGAAACUGGUUUUUAAUGAAGAUGGCAAAGGAAACUUCACAGUUGCUUUGGACAUGUUUCCAGAUGAAAGGUAUCUGCAACUCACUGGAUGUAUUAGGACUAAAUGUUGCUCGAAUUUUAAACUUGUAGGUUUUGCAACUUCCUGUAUUUAUUACUAAGAUAAGGAUGAUGGUCGGUAAAGCACUGAAGUUUACAACAGGAAAACAAGAUCCCCAUAAAGGGGGUUCAUUGGGCUGCCGACUGCGCGACGCAGUGGUUUAAUAUUUUGAGAAGUAUAGAUUAUAACUACAUUUUUCCUUGCUUGAGUGUACAUUUACUCCUAACCAGUGGAAUGGGAUAGAGAUAUAUAUAUUUAGUAUAUACACACUCAGUGAUCUUGGUGAUUUAAGCAAUCUGAUUGGUUCGCUAUCUCGGACUAUUCAACAAUAUUUACCUCCUAGCGAGUGGAUAAUGUGUGAGCUCGCUUUUUUCCCAUUUUCUUUUAAAAGUCGACAAAAUCCUAGGGUUGACUUUUUUUCAGGUAAGAAAAGACUUCGAAGGAUUCAAAACGGAGUUUUUCCAUUUACUGUUGUUGAGUUUUGUGGUCGAUGGAUUGUUUACAACUCCCGUUUAUUCGCCUAGAAGAGGCCGUUUUGUGAACUGAGCAUAUCCUAACAAGAAAAAUUUGGCCCAACAACGAAGUUUAUUUAGAAAUUCUACGUUUCAAGUAAACACGAGAAAGAAUACUACAUGAAAACGACGUCUUACCUCGAGGAACCGAAUCGCCAUUUUUGUCAGCACUUCAUGCGAAGAACAACACAACAAACCUUUUCGGCUAUAAACUUGGCGAGUCAACAGAAAACAAAAAAGCUCUUCUUUUCUUCUCAGGUAAGGAAACAAUUCAAACUUUUAGCGGUUGUAUUGAAGUUAUUAUUGUUUGCGAAGCGAUAAGCCAUGUUUGAAAAUUCUACAAAGAUCUAUUUUUAAACUGUCGCGUGUCUAGCUGACCUGAUCUGUCAAUCAAAUCGUACUUUUUAGUGGUUUCCUCUCUGAUUUUGUUGAGAUCACUUCGUGUGUAUGUACUAAAACAAUUAUUCUUUUCAAUCUCGGUGAAUAGUGGCUUUAGGAAUAUUUACCUCGCCACUUCGUGGCUCGGUAAACAUUUUGCCACUAUUCACCUCGAUUUCAAAGAAUAAUUGUCAAAUAUACUUAGCCUUUUGAAACAAGAAACGAUUGACAUUAUUUUGAACUGGGACAUUUCCACAACGCAAUCCCCCCCGCCAAAUCUCUCUGCCCUCCCCAGCUGAGCCGCCUCACCGCCGUGCGUGGCGUCAGAAGUCCCUAUUUCAGUCCAAUAUUUUGUGAUUGGUAUCAAGAAUCGUACCAUAAUAGUGGACAUCUUCCCAAUUACAUUUAUCCAACGAUAGCUGGUUACGCAGAUCGAGCAGAAGCAUCUAAGCCAUUCAGAAUAAAAGGAAUAUUUUGAAUGAAUAAAAAAUAUAUAUUUUCAAUCCAUUAGGUUUUCUUCGGCCUAUACUCUAAAAGAUUACCCUGUGGAAGUCAAGUUGAGACAGAAUCUUUAUUUUCAAGCAUCUGUGAAAACCAAGGACAAAACUCUGUCGGUUUUGGCUGAGAAUUGUUACUCUACACCCUCCAAGAACAGAAAUCAUAACGACAGAUAUUAUCUCAUCAAGGACGGGUAAUCAAGUAACAAAUAAUGUAGAAAACUAUAUUAUAUUAUCAAGAUAGCAUGUCUAAGAAUACAUCAACGUCCUUCGUUUGUUGUUGUUGUUGUUGUUCGUUGGGUCUUCUUGAUUACGGCAAGCUGUAUAAUCGUUUUUGAAUAACGUUAAGCCAGCAGUUAUGAGAAAUAAGUCGUCCCAUGUGACAGAAUCCAAGGCAGUCUUUGAUUCUGGAUUCCAGGCCGUGGAUUCCGGAUCCCGGGUACUGGAUUCUGGAUUCCAAUCUUCAGUGAGAUUCCGGAUUCCUUGAGCUACAUUCCGUAUUCCAAAGCCUAGGAUUCCGGAUUCGACAAGCAAAAGUUUCUCGGAUCCAGGAAUCCGUAUUUCCUUACAGGAGGCGAAAAAAUAAUCAGACGACGUUUUUAAUGCACUGUACUUUAUCAGUAGCGUUUUUCUCGUUUUUUCUUUUGUUUUUGCUUUCAAUUUGUUUCGGUUUUUUAAAGUCAAUUCACCAUUGAUAUUGAUUAUUGUUAACAGAGAUAGAUAUUUGGAACGCUUUAAUGAUAAAAUAACUCUUAUUAACGACAGGGAAUAGCAAUAAAUAGUUCCAAGAAUGUGAUGCUUUCAACUUUCAGCUGCCCCGUCGAUAAAACCACCGCCGUCGUGAAGUCGAUAAAAGCGAGCAUGGCACGGUUCACAACUGAAGCCUUCAAGUUUAUUGCGGAUCACCCCUUCGUGUUUGUCCAUUGCGAAAUAAGGAUUUGUGACGCAAGAAAUUCAAACUCCAGAUGUGCACAGGGUUGUAUCACAGAAAUAAGAGAAAGACGUGACGUCAGAAAUGAUGACGUAUUGUACCCACUGGCACAGGGACCCCUCACAAUCAGCAGUGAUAUGACACUGAACCUAAGCUCGGCUAGAAAGUCAGCUUUGCAAGGUAAGCAGAAUGACAUAAUCCAUGUAGUGUGAGUUGAAUUAGGAUGCGUUCGAUUGAUGGAAUUAAGGAAUGAAAAUACGCAUAAAUUUUUGACAAAUUUCUUUAGCCUGCGUACUCCAGGCGUGGAAAGGGUAAGGAAUCGGGACUGAAGUGGAAAAGGGAGGGAUUUUGGAACCAUUCAGAAAUUUUCCAAGAGAUUUUUAAAUUUUACUAAGCAAUGAAAACUAAAACAAAUGAUUUUUAGGGUUUAUCCAUCAAUUUAUUCUUAAUCCAGAAUAGUCAAUUGAAUGCGUUCUUAAUGGAAGUGAUUAUGACUUUAUCGUUUGUGGAAGUAGCAAAUGACAGACAAACUAAGUUCACGAAAUUGCAUCGCAGAGUUGAACACAUAACUUUACCUGGUUUUAGCACUAACACGUACCCACAAGUCCAUUUAAGUACGCUGACCAGCAAGUAAGCAUAUUUACAAAAAAAUCACCUUUUAUAUCUUUGCGUUUGUGUUUCAGGUGGUACUGUUCCCGCUGUCUUUGCAAUGGCGGUAAUAUCUUCGCUUUGCAUUGUGGGAAUGGCAUGGCUACUAAACAGAAGAUCCCUUUAAGCCAUUGUCCGCACUCAGAGGGUUAUAUGCUUCUCCUACACUUUAUAAGCAAGUCACAUGUCUACAUUCUACUUCAGCUGGACAUUUUGCAGUCCUUUGGUGACAUUUAA